AUGGACGGGGAAAUAAACUGCAAGGUCAUUCAUGAUUCACUCACGACACCCAUCAUGACCUCGGACCCCUCACAAAUGGCGCGCGAUCCUUCCACCAAAGAAAUAUCCAAACAAAAUACCUUCAUCUCACCCGCUCAAGCGAUUGCAGAUGCUUGGAAUAAGGAAUCCCUCGAGAACCAAGAGAGGUGGCGGAAAGCAGACAUAUUGCUGAGGAAGCAAUUCUCACUGCCUCACAAGCGGGCCAGAGAUACAAAGAUGUAA